AGCUCCGUACAUGUGAGGAGCAGCAGUACAUCAACAGCGACGUUAUUUACACUAUAAAAGGCCAACCGGGCUCAUAUUUUCUAUCUUAUGAUUAUCGAUAGUGCGACCAUGGAGUUAGUGGAGGAGGACGAUAUGCUCAGCGAGGAGUCAGAGGAGGAAAACAGUGAAUUAUCAGACAGUGAGCUCCAAGAAGCUUUCUCUAAAGGGGCGUUGAAACCUGGGAUGAAUGUUAUGGUGAACAAACCCAAAAAGUUCAUCAAUAAUGUGGAUGGUUUGAAGCAGUGCCUUGCUGACUUCAGAAGAGACCUCCCCUGGGUGGAGAGGCUGGACAUGACCAACCUGCCGGCUGAAGACAUUAUCGCCAAGGCUGAAGGAAAAGUCCCAAGUGCGACUAACGGAGACGUCAAUGCAGAGGAUGAUUUUCAGAGGGAGAUGUUCUUCUAUCGUCAAGCUCAAGCUACAGUUCUUGCAGCGCUGCCCCUCCUAAACAAGCACGGCAUAUCCACCAAGAGGCCCGAGGAUUACUUUGCAGAGAUGGCCAAAUCAGAUCAGCACAUGCAGAAGAUCAGGAAAAAGCUGAUUUCAAAACAGGCGAUACUGGAGAAGUCAGAAAAGGCCAAGAAACUACGCGAGCAAAGGAAGUUUGGCAAAAAGGUCCAAAUUGAAGUGAUCCAGAAGAGACAGAAGGAGAAGAAGGCCAUGAUGACGGCUGUAAAGAAAUACCAGAAAGGAAUGACUGACAAACUGGAUUUCUUGGAAGGAGACCAAAAACAAAAGGCUGGUAAAGACUCUUCUCAGGGCCCCAAGAAGACAGUAAGCAAGAAGGGCCCCAACUCAAAGAGAAAAUAUAAGGACCAGAGGUUUGGCUUCGGAGGCAAGAAAAGUGGAAAGAAGUGGAACACCAAAGAGAGCCACAACGAUGUUUCGAGUUUCCGUGCCAAAGUGGCUAACGCAAGGGGCGGAAAGGGAGGAAAGAAAGGCAAAGCGGGGAAUAAAAAUAAACGCCCGGGCAAGACUGUACGGAGGAAGAUGAAGUCUCGAUCUUAAAAAGAGACAGAGGCCAGUCAACAGGCUGGACUUUGGACUUUGCUUCUAGACAGGAACGUGGACUCUUCUUCUUCACUUUUGGAAUAAUAUGCCUUCCAUAAAAUGUGUAUGGAUUGAUAUGGAGGACUAUUUUUACCCCCUUCAAGCUACACACAGAAAUGGAGAGAGAGAGAGAAAUCCUGUCAUAUUGCUGAGGAAGUCUUUUGAUGGACAUGGUUGCAGAAAUGGUAAACCCAAGACUGGACUGUGUAGACCUACCCAAUAUACAACAUUGUACCCCUAUAAGUAGUUUUCCCAAGGUUCGUAAAAAAAUUGAGAGAAUGUAAUGGAGAAGAAGUUGUCUUUUUCUUUAUUGUGUGUCGAUUACUGUCUAUGUGCCUAUUUGAUAAGAUGGUUUAAAGCCACUUUCUGUGAUUACACCUCUAAAUGUACACCAACCUACUUGCCAUAUAAUCCUCUGAGUGUGUGCUCAGUGGAGUUUGGUAUAUACUCAGUUUUAGUUAUUCAGUUUUAUUUUUUUCUAACUCAGCUCCUUGACAUGAUUGAUUCUCUCCCAUGUGACGUGACAUUUUAUAAUAUUGAGCAGCUGUCAGUUUUGCCCUUUCCUAUUCAUUAAUAUGAUUAGUACGUGAUGGCCGAGUGUGCUUUGUGUAGACCUGUGCAAAUGUUUCCCCCUGAAAUUGUUUUUCUUAGGUUUGCAAAAAUGGAAAGAGUGAAAGGGCAGCUUCUGGUGAUGACAACUGUAUGUUUGUAUGAUAAACAAAUAAAUCCGAACAGAGGUGUUCACUUUA